AUGGUAAUCGCUGUUCUACUUAGCUUCCUUAGUUUGAUCAGAGAAGCUGCUGCACUAGAAUAUCGAUACCAUAUAUGCUCAAACACAACCACUUUCCCUCCCAACAGCACCUACCAAUUCAACCUUAAUCGCCUCCUCUCUUCCCUCGCCUCCAAUGCCACUCUCAACACCGGAUACUACAACGUCACCGUUGGCCGAGACCCCACAUCUACAGUCUACGGAUCCCUUCUGUGUCGUGGAGACGUCACCCCGGAUGACUGCCAAAACUGUGCCGAGACCGCAAUCAGCGACAUUGCCGAACCUGCCUGCCCUGUAGAGAAAGAAGCAGCGAUAUGGUACGACAAAUGCACGCUGCGCUACUCAAACAAGUCAUUCUUUGGCGUCCUGGACCAAAAAACUUGGUGCAUGUGUAACACAAAGAAUGCAACGGACCCUGGACGGUUUACUCCACUGUUGGAAAGCACUAUGAAGGACUUGGUGUCUGCAGCCGUGGGCGCCCCAUCUGGUGAGAAGAAGUUUGCGACGAAGAAAGAAAGCCUCUCCACGUCUCAAACACUAUACAGCCUUGUGCAAUGCACCCCAGAUCUCUCCAGCUCCAACUGCGAUCGAUGUCUUCAAGGAAACGUUGUACUUCUCCCAAAAUGUUGUGUUGGAAAACAGGGUGGAAAUAUUUUCAAUCCUAGUUGCAACAUCCGAUAUGAAGUGUACCCGUUUUACAGGAUCACGGUCUCGGCACCAAACCCAGCACCAGUGAUUUCAUCCAGAGGAAAUAAUAAAUUCUCAACAACAACAAUAGUUGCUAUCUGUGCUCCAAUUUCAGUCGCCAUCUUGUUUCUGAUACCAAUAGGAGUAUGUUAUUGGCUAAAGAAAAGAUCAAGGGAUGAGAAAAACGUUGUUCAAAACGAUCAAAAUGCUGGGAAUGAGAUUACAACUGUGGAGUCAUUGCAGUUCGAUUUGAGUACAAUUCGAGCAGCAACGGACAACUUCUCUGAUGACAACAAGUUGGGUGAAGGUGGAUUUGGAGCGGUUUACAAGGGCCAACUUUCUGAUGGGCAAGAGAUAUCAGAGCUAGAUUGUUUAUUUAGUUCCUUCUUAUUUAAACCAAUAUUUUUAGAAAAAAGAAAGCUAAGCAUCGUUAAUAAUUAA